CUCCGCUAGAGUCUGCCGUCAGACUCCUCUCUCUCCUCCGAGCGGCUCCACUGCUUGUGUUUCUCUCUGUCCCCCUCUCAGUCCAUCUGACAGCCCGCCCAGCCGGGACCAUAACAAGACACGGUGAGGUGAGGUGUGGGGGGGUUCUCUAUAACGGAACAAGCCGGUGUUUCUUCCGUGUCCUCCGUUUCCACCGGGGUGCUCCUGUCUCCGGAUUGGGGCUCCGGACUGGCGAGCUGAUGAUGCCUGAUUGAGCUAACCUCCGGACUGUCCUCACAGAGCCGCACAGGCAACAUCGCCACUGGGACUGGGACUGUUAGUGGGACUGCAGGUCAUCACUUGGCAGUUAAUGUUUUGCCACUUCCCUCUGAGGUUGGAGGCCAGUUGGAGCUGGGCGCCGGGUCCUCAGUGGCUGCAGUGAUGCGAGCUUCUGUGGCGGGCUGCAGGAUGAGCUUGGGUGCGCUAAUUAAUGGGUUACUCGUCUCCGUUAUUGCAGCCCUGCUUUGGAAGUACACCAAGCUAAGCGAGCAUGCAGCCUCCCUGGAGGAGGAGUUGCAUAUGACACAGCAGUCCAAGGAGCUCUCUCAGGCCCGCAUCGACUACCAUGUUGCCCUGCAAUCUCUCCAGGAACAUGGCACCCGCAUGGUGUGUACUGGCAAGAUGCACACCGACCGCAUCUGCCGCUUUGACUAUUUGUGCUACUCCUCCGAGGCAGAGGAGUUUGUGUUUUUCCACUCCAACUCCUCUGUCAUGCUGCCUAAUCUUGGAUCUAGGCGCUUUCAACCUGCCCUACUAGAUUUGUCCUCAGUAGAGGAUCACAACACCCAAUAUUUUAACUUUUUAGAACUCCCAGCUGCCGCUUUAAAGUUCAUGCCCAAACCCGUUUUUGUACCAGAUGUGACUCUGAUCCUCAACAGAUUCAAUCCGGAUAAUCUUAUGCACGUUUUCCACGAUGAUCUUCUCCCAGCCUUCUUUACCAUGAAACAGUAUUCUGACUUGGACGAUGAGGCACGUCUCGUGUUCAUGGAAGGCUGGGGUGAAGGGCCACACUUCGACCUCUAUCGACUUCUCAGCAGCAAGCAGCCACUUCUUAAAGAGCAGUUGAGGAACUUUGGAAAGCUAAUGUGUUUCACUAAAUCUUAUGUUGGUUUGUCCAAAAUGACCACCUGGUACCAGUAUGGGUUUGUUCAGCCACAGGGGCCCAAAGCUAACAUUUUGGUUUCAGGGAAUGAGAUCAGACAUUUUGCCAAGGCUUUAAUGGAGAAAAUGAACAUAACAAGGCAGGACGAGGCAGAGAAGGAUGGAGGAAGCUCAGAGCAAGAGAGGGAGAGAGACAAGAAAGAUGAAUACAUCGCUUUGUUUAGUCGCUCGACAACAAGAUUAAUUCUGAAUGAAGCAGAACUAAUAAUGGCCUUAGCCCAGGAGUUCCAGAUGAGAGUGGUUACAGUAUCCCUGGAGGAACAGUCUUUUCCUAGUAUCAUCCAGGUGAUUAGUGCUGCUUCCAUGUUGGUCAGCAUGCAUGGAGCUCAGCUCAUCACCUCAAUGUUCCUCCCCAGAGGUGCAACUGUGGUAGAGUUGUUCCCCUUUGCUGUGAACCCAGAGCAGUAUACUCCAUAUAAAACCCUCGCCACUCUACCAGGCAUGGACCUUCACUACAUAUUUUGGAGGAAUUCUAAGGAGGAAAACACUGUCACCCAUCCAGACAGACCGUGGGAGCAAGGCGGCAUUGCCCACUUAGAAAAAGAUGAGCAGCAGCGCAUCCUGGCAAGUACGGAUGUCCCAAGGCACCUGUGCUGCCGGAACCCGGAAUGGCUUUUCCGGAUCUACCAGGAUACUUUGGUAAACAUUCCGUCAUUUCUCGAGGUCCUCAAAGAUGGCAUGAAGAGUAAGCCUAGCCUGAAGAAAACAAAAACUGCCAGCACAGUUCACCCUGGCCGGGUCAGAGAAGCUCACUGUCAGACAUCAGUACAAACCCCUAAUGAGGCCAAACUCACAGUCUCUUGGCAGAUCCCAUGGAAUCUAAAGUACCUGAAGGUGAGAGAGGUUAAGUACGAGGUAUGGAUCCAGGAGCAGGGGGAAAACACCUACAUGCCUUAUAUCCUUCCUCAACAGAACUACACUUUCUCUGAGAACAUAAAGCCCUUCACUACCUACCUGGUGUGGGUGAGGUGCAUCUUUAACAAGAACCUCUUAGGUCCGUUUGCAGAUGUUCUGACAUGUCGGACCUAAUAAACACAGGGCCACCCUGUCAAUUUCUACAACCUCACUGGAAGGAGCUGCUUGAUUAGAUUUUGAAUAGUCUUGGUAAAUAAAUGGUCUGUCCUGGAUCUUUGCAGUUCAAGGACAGACAAAGGCGAUGUGAAGACUCUCUCCGUCUUCACUGGAGGACUCCUACUACUGGGUGAUGAAAACUGAAAAAGUUUAUUUAUUACACUUUCAAACUCCUCUACUGAUAUUACAAGAACAUAAAUGAGCUGACGUAUUUAUGAGAAGAAUAUUAUGAGAUUUUAGGAUUAGUCUAUACACUGGAUUCUACCUUUUAGAGUAUGCAAUGUAGCUUCUGUGUUGGAGGUGAGAGAUAUUAUAUAUAGAUAAGCAAGGUUUUAACAUUUUUCUGACUUGUCUAAAGUGUGUGUGCAAACGGAUGAUUCCACAAAUGACUCAUAAUAUACACAAUCCAUCCAAAAUCAAACCAACUUGUUCUAUAUACUUAGUUUAUACCUGCUGUGUUUACUUCUAACUUGAAUAAACUUUGUUUCAUCAGUCA